GCCGGCCUCCACGCCAGUGCGGCGUGAUGCUGCGCGCUCCACGGGUUCGCAUUUUAGUGGGGUAAGCAGCGCCACCAGCCGACCGCGGCUAGAAGAAAAAAAAAAGCGGAUGGUGAGGAGAGCCGGGCUGCGCCCUGAAAGCCACCUGGGCCGUUAUUUCUUUAAAAGCCGUCGUCUGCUGGCCAUCCUACGCUGGAUCACUGUUCGGAUUGUGGUGGUUGCGGGUUCGUGCAACGACCGUCUGUUGACGAUGCGGAGUGAACGGAGCAGCGUUCGAUAGCGCGUGCCCGGAGGAUGCGGCGGAGGGACGUUUCCAUGCGCAACAAGCGGAGCCUGUGCAAAGGUACAACCAUUUGAAUGACUUCACUUGUCUAAGUGCAUCCCGUCUCCGGACUCCACAUGAAUGACAGUGAUGCUGGACUCCGACGAAGCGCUGCCCAGCGCUGCGCGGCUGGCCGAAGCACUCGUCCUGCUGGUCAUCUGCGUGAGCGUGGUGGCGGCCAACGUGCUCGUGAUCGCCACCCUGCUGCACAGCACGCGCCAGGUGCUGGACUACUACCUUCUGUCGCUGGCUGUGGCAGACCUGCUCUGCGGCGUGCUCGUGGUGCCACUGUCGGUGUACCCCGCCAUCGUCCAAGACUGGGUCUACGGGGACUUUGUGUGCCGCCUCAGCGGCUACGUGGCCCUGACUCUCUGGAGCGUUUCCAUCUACAGCUUCAUGUGGCUCUCCGUAGACAGAUACCUAGCCAUACGCAAACCGCUCAGGUACGACGCCAUACAGACGCGGACCCGGUGCCAGUGCUGGAUGCUGUUCACGUGGAUGACGUCCAUGUUCAUGUAUUGCCCUCCGCUGUUCGGUUUCUCUAGCGGACACUUCUACCGAGAUGCGUAUAUCUGCAUGCUGGACCUUUCCAGCAUCGUUCCUUACACGCUCACGCUGGCGCUGUUGGUCCUAUUGCCCAGCGUUCUCACCGUCAUGUACACCUAUUACUUCAUCUUUAACACCAUGCGUAAAAUGCGCAGGUGCCUCAGCAAGGAGGAGAAAGAGUACGCCACCGCGAUUGGUGAGCAUCUAUCCAAUCCUGACCACGUGAUGUCCUUCGUUAUCAUCGUGCUCUUUUGGGUCUCGUGGAUGCCGUGGAUAGGCCUUCAGGUGUACGAAAAAAUUGGUGGUGUGAAGCUCAGGUUCCAUGCGUUACAUUUCGGCUUACUUUGGUUGGGUGUCCUGGACUGCUUAUGGAAGCCACUCAUCUACGUGGCCAUGAGCCCCAAGUUCAGGCUGGGCGUGCAGCUAUUGUUCAUGUCCGUGUGCUGCCGGCACAAAACACCACAGCAGCUUGUGGUCUAGCUCACGGAGGAGUCCGCCUGCUGCUUUCCUACUGUCUUCUGUUUCAUACCGCACGCUUGAAUUUUUUUAAAUAGGUGCUGGGACUCAACACCUUUACUCAUCUACUUCAGAAAGGUUGCUGCGACACGUGUUCUGAAAGAUCCAAGAAAUUUUUUCCAUAAACUUACAUACUCUAACAUUUGAAGAACACAUUUUGCGCUUUGUCGCAUCUUGAAGGCCAAGAAAUGCCUACAUAUUUUCAGUGAUCAGUGCAUUCAAACUUUCUGUCUUCAUUGUUUUCGUGAACCAUCGUGGAAGCUUAAGGCCGAAAUGAAAGUUUGUAGGCUCAAUUAAGCGACGGAUUAAAGUUGUAGCUUAUCUGUAGUAUUUUAAGCGAGCCGCUGAACAAAGGCAGAACGUAACGGUAUAGGCGCAGUAAUUAUUUUCCAAUUGUGCUACCAUUCACAUGAUAUUUAUGAGCAGAUAUAUACAGAAUAUUUAGAAUCCUAUGUUUGCACCUAUACGGAUGAACUCUAUUCGCCAACUGAAGAAGUAGCCCCGCGAGCUGAUGGAGGAGCUGCAUUCGCAACGCCCGAACACAGUGCUUGCCGAUGUACCGAGUGCGUGCAUUACAAGAAGCACAUAAAACAAGACUCCAUAAUUGAUCAAUGUACCAUUUUAAAGUCUACGUACUAAAUGAAACGCAGCGUGAGCGAUUAUUCUGAACUAUACAGGCAUGCCUUUCUCAAUAAAACCUAAGCAGGUGAUUUGAGGAAGUGCAAGCAAACGCCAGCGAAUACAGCAGCAAAAUUAUAAUAAAAUAGAUACCGCGAAAACGUGAGAAGAAAAAUGCGAAGCGAGUACAAGAAAACCUCGUCCUCGUUCUGUGUUUUUUUGCGCUAUUCUUCGUGGAAUGCCAACUAGACCAGCCAUUCAGUACUUCUAGGUGACAAAGUAUACCGCAACCAUGAAUGCUCUGGAAGGUCUGAAAACCAUGAGUCAUUUCCUUUUUGAAGGGCAUCGUGACAUUGACUUGUGACGCGUAGACAGCCUGCGUAGCCUUCUGGGCACAUAAGUACACA